GGAAAGAAGAGUGCUGUGUCUCUUGCUCUGCUCUCCCUGCAUACGCCAAAGGUCUGAAACCCACAGCAAUGAGGAUGCUCACUCUGUUCACCACCCUUCUCCUGCUGGCCCUCCACACCCAGGGGGAAUCUCCCCAAGGAAGAGCUAAGGUGGCUCCAGACCAGGAGCAGCUGGUCAUGGAGGACCAGGAUAUUUCCGUAUUCUUUGGAGGGGAUAAAGGCACUGCUCUCCAAGAUGCAGCUGUGAAGGCAGGCUUGACCUGCUAUUGCAGAAUCGGAGCCUGUGUUUCUGGAGAACAGCUCUCUGGGUCAUGUGGUCUCAAUGGCCGCAUCUACCAACUCUGUUGCCGCUGAGUACUAAGAAGAAGAAGAAGAUGAAGAAGAAGAAGAAGAAGAAGAAGAAGAAGAAGAAGAAGAAGAAGAAGAAGAAGAAGAAGAAGAAGAAGAAGAAGAAGAAGAAGAGAAUCCAUUUCUCAUAUGACUUGAAGGAGACUGUUCCUUGUACUAUGUUGUGUCCUAGACUCUUUUCUUUCUUUAUAUCCAAAUAUAGUUCUUACAGCAAGUUA